AUGAUGUCUGCUUCAACAUCCACGUCACAUAACACAAACCCUUUGAACACAGAACCUCGUAAGAGACUUAUCGUCAAACUCAGUUAUCCUCCAGGUUCAAGAAAACGCGAUUCAGAUUCGUGCGGCACAAAUGAAAACAAGAGAAGAAAGAUUCAAGAUUCUGUAAAACCAAAUGUAACCUGUUAUUGGGUUGAUUCAGAUUACCGUACCAAAACAACAUCUUUGUCUGAAACAAAGCAUAAUAAUGUUGUUGAAGACAAGAAGAUGAUCGAGAACCAAGUUUCCAAAACAACACCUUUGUCUCAACCAAAGGAUAACAAUGUUGUUGAAAACAAGAAAAUGAUCAAGAACCCAACACAACCAAAGGAUAACAAUGUUGUUGAAAACAAGAAAAUGAUCAAGAACCGAACACCUUUGUCUCAACCAAAGGAUAACAAAAUGAUCAAGAACCGAACACCUUUGUCUCAACCAAAGGAUAACAAUCUUGUUGAAAACAAGAAAAUGAUCAAGAACCCAACACAACCAAAGGAUAACAAUGUUGUUGAAAACAAGAAAAUGAUCAAGAACCCAACACCUUCGUCUCAACCAAAGGAUAACAAAAUGAUCAAGAACCGAACACCUUUGUCUCAACCAAAGAAUAACACGAAGGAUUCAUCAAAAACAGCCUUUGUGACAAGAGUUGAAGAAUGUGGGUUGAAACAACCGAUGGAGUGUGUUAGGAGGAGGCAAUGUUGGUUGAUUUUGAAGAGAAUGUUGGUAGAUAGAGAUGGUUGGGAUUUGAAAGAUCCUCCAAAAAUAGCAAUGGUUGAUAAGUGUAAGAUAAAGACAAUAGGUUUGAAGGAAAUAGAGAGAAAGUUGAGGUUGUAUGCAACACCGGAUGAGUUUGCUAGUGACAUAAGACUUGUGUUCUCUAAUGCAAUGCUAAUGUAUCCUCCAAGGAAUCAUAUUUAUCAAAUUGCAAAAAAGUUCAGUCAGAAUUUUGAACACAAAUGGAAGUCAUUGAAGGAUAUGUGGGACCUUGAGGAUACAAAAAGAAGCAAGACUCACAAGAGUACAAGAUACUAA